UAUGCAUUACUAUUUGGUAGAUGGUAUAACCUUAUAAUUAUUGGCUGUAACUUUUACUUAUAAUUUUUUGUUGGUACUAAUUGCAGCUUCCUCCUGAAUGGACUGAUCAAUUUGAAUCGGGCAUUCAGACCAUUGCUGUCAUUCAAGCUGGACAUGGCCUUUUACAGCUGGGUUCCUGCAAGAUUAUACCUGAAGACCUUCACUUUGUGCUAAGAAUGAGGCAUACGUUUGAGUCCCUUGGUUACCAAUCUGGGUUUUAUCUAUCCCAGCUCUUUUCUUCAACCAGGAACACUUCGUCGUCGUCCUCGAUUCCUUCAAAGCAAUCUGGUAUGCCAAUCCGGCCGCCUCCUCCACUCUUUAACUGGGGUCAAAGGCCACUUCCAGGCAUGACUUCAAUGUUAUCCUCACCCAAUUUUCAAAACCCGGCUGCUAGACUUGGAUUCUCACAAGGGAAAGAUGAGACUCACAUGUUUCUUCUCCCUCACGGAUCCGAAACCCGGAUGGAGGACAUGAUGGGCGAGCACGAAAACGACAUCAAAUGGCCAAAUGGAUUGUCUUUCUUCAAUGCUCUUACCAGCAGGACUGAUGAUGCGAAGCUGCUGUUUAACCCGGAGAGCUUAGGAAACAAGCAAGAUCAAAGUCACCAUCCCUUAGACCCUAAUCAAAAUUCAGACAAUGGAGCAAACCCAAAUGAAUUCUUGAGCCUUGACAGUACUCAUCCAGAGAAUGUGAGGAAGAAUAUGGAAAACAAGUUCAAGAGGAGCUUUACAUUGCCUGCAAGGAUGACAUCGUCAUCAUCUUCAACCUCGGUUGAACAUCAUCAGCAUCAAGCUAUGGAGUACCGGAAUUCAGAACCCGGGAUGUAUCAUGAUGUGAUGGAAACUUUCUUGGAGUGAAUUUAGAAGGUUUGUGGCUGUUGUAGGAGGGACAAUCUGGUUGAAAAGUUGUAUCUAUAGAAGCCUUUGGUUGCCUCUUUGUCGCUUAAAUUCCUGUUCUUGCUUCAAUGUUAGUGCAUCUAGUGUUUCUUUUAUCUGUUUUUAAUGGAACUUCAUUAUAAUCAUUUCUGUAGUUUAUGCUAACACACAUUUCUCCU